CACUUGCCAACGAUACCUUCAGUUUUUGAUAUAGCCUCGGACUCAUCUCAUCAUUCUUCUCUCUUUCUGUUUCGCGCACGCGCACCACUUAAACCGUACGAAGAUCCGCACGUAUAAAUUACUUACAUGCUAAGCUUUCCCGACCGGAUUCGUUCUCCUUUUCAAAACGCAUACGCACGAUCAGUUGCUCUUCGCGAAUCGAUCGAUCUAUCGUAUCGUAUCGUAGCUGCGAACAAAUUCAUCGACUCCGACGCACCAAGAUGACUGAUUACAAAGAAAUUUUUGAAAACAUAAAAGAUCCCAUGGUUGACACAUGGCCGUUAAUGGGCUCUCCAGGGCCAAUAAUCUGCAUCGUUUUACUAUAUUUACUUUUUGUUAUCAAAAUUGGCCCGAAAAUAAUGGAAAAUCGUCCGGCCUUCGAACUCAAAGGAUUUUUAAUAGCGUAUAACGCGUUGUUAAUUGUCUUUAAUAUAUGGUUAACAUCCUUGACUACAAAAAUCGAUCUCAGAGCUUUGAUUCGUUCGAACGGAUGCAGAUUGCGAACCCAUCAAUUGUCCAAAGACGAAUCUUUAGAAACCCCGAUCGAUGAACAGUUACAAAUUUUAUCAACGGCAGCCUGGUGGUACUUCUUCGCUAAGAUUAUCGAGCUUGUAGAUACGGUAUUCUUUAUUUUGCGAAAGAAACAGGACCAAGUGACUUUCCUUCACAUUUAUCAUCAUAGCGCCACAGCCUUGUUCGCGUGGUGUUAUUUGAAGUUACUUCCCGGUGAACAAGGUAUCAUCGUCGGGCUACUCAACUCUAUGGUUCACAUCGUUAUGUAUACGUAUUACUUGAUAUCCGCGUUGGGCCCAAAAUACAAAAAGUAUCUAUGGUGGAAGAAAUAUAUGACCUUGUUCCAACUGAUCCAAUUCGUUGUAAUGAUCGUUUAUCUUGUAUUAACGUUGGUGAUGGACUGCAGAAUGCCAAAAAUCUUAACUUACUGCUUCAUGACGCACGUGGUGAUCUUCAUGUACCUAUUCGGUAAUUUCUACAGGAAAGCCUACAUCAAGCAGAAACAAGUGUAAAAUAAUUCGCCAAGGAUAAUAAUAAACGUAGAUAGAUAAAUGUGCACGUACAUACAUGUAACGAUCUAAUUGACGAUCUAAUAUUUAAGUUACGAUCUAAUGUUUAAGUUAGGUAAAAAGUUCCGCGCGAUAUAAAUUGUGAUAAAUGAUCAAGAUUAUAAUUCUUAGGUGGAAUUUGGAAUUCGAAAUUUCUUAUGGGGAAUUAGAUUAGUUCCUUUUUGUUCGUUCGAUCGGUUAUACGCCAAUUAAGAUAAAUGAAAAACCCAGAAAAAUAUUUCUUUAUCAAUUAUUGCUGUUUACGAUCUUCUUCGAUGAAGCCUAUAGAUCUAUCUUCGCGAAUCGAUAGCGAGACAAAAUUUGUGACGGCCCACAAACAUUUAUGGUUUCACGAUAUUUUUCGCGAAAAUGAAACCGACGAUGUACAUUAAAUAAUAAUUAUACACGAACGAAGAUAAUGUCGAAUUAAUGAAGAAAAAUAAAUAAAUAUAUGCCCUAUUAUUAA